CUUUAGAAUUUAGCAGUAGCCAGCGGUACUAGUACGGACUAGUUUUACUUAAAUUAUAAAUUAAUUAAUUCUGCUCGGAAAACGAGAGUUUUGACACGUCAACAGAGUGAGGCAGCUGGAUUCAGUGUUUCGACAGGGACCCACACCCCCACGAGAAGGAGUAAACAAAUUUAUUCACCCUCACUCCAACGUCAACGUGCACUAUAUAUACCCCCUUUUCUUCUUCUCGUUUCCUGGCUCUUUCCUUCGCCUCUCUUUUCCUCUACUUUAAAUUAUUAACAAGAAAAAGAUAUCAACGUAAUUAUUUUCUCUCUUCAAUUUUCUCAGCCAUCCCGACUCUCCGAUAGCUAAGUGGUUGUGUAUGUGUUAUUCCCGCCAAAACCCCAGCUCCCUACCCUCCGCUCACCCUGCUGCUGUGGUUUAGUUGUGUCCAAUAUUACUCCUACUUCUACUCUACUACAUAAACAAAAAGCAGAGCAUGCGCCUUCUGUCUUAGCUAGCGGUAUCUUUUACUCUCCACUCUAGAGUCUAGAACAGGCGCAGGGGCAGGGGCAGCAGCUCUAUGUAGAAUUUCUCUUAUUUCCAUCCAUGUACUUCCACACGAUGCUCUUCACUCUUCAUCAAGCUUGAGUUUGGGAAUUGCGAUCUAUGUUACUGUUCCGAUCCACACCAUGAUCACUUAGCUUGCUGCAGCCUUGGCCUAAAUAGUUGAGGCGCCACCCCGUGAUGAGCCCGCAGACUCAGUACUCGUUCUCCGACAUGGUCAAAUUCACAGAGCAUGUCAUCACCACCAACAAAGCUCCUCCGCAACCAACCAGAAAUAUCCCUCAAAAGCUUCUCAGAAUCAUCCUUACCGACGCAGAUGCCACCGAUUCUUCUAGUGACGAAGAACAUGACCAACCAACGCCAACUAGAAGACGCUUAAACACCGUAAGGAGAGUGAAAAGGCACGUCAAAGAGAUCAACUUUCAACCACUAUCCGCAUCGUCAUCAGCCUCUACUAGUACUACUAGUAAGUCAUUAGUCAAGCAACAACCAAGCACGAAAAGAGAAAGACCAUCCCCGCAAUCUGACGUCACUCGCCGUAAAAAGUUCAGAGGAGUCCGGCAGAGGCCCUGGGGACGCUGGGCUGCCGAGAUCCGAGACCCCACCCAGCGCAACGAGGUCUGGCUUGGCACUUUUGACACCCCUGAGGAAGCUGCCACCGUCUACGAUAAAGCUGCCCUCUUGCUCAAGGGUCCUAACGCCCUCACCAACUUCCCUAACCCCGUUUCGACGGAAAAGAAAGCCGCCGUUGACCAAAGACAAGGCGACAGCUUGGACUCCUCGCCGUGUUCAUCUCUCUCUCUCUCCACGUCGGUUCUCCGGUGCGAAGAAUUGACGCCCUUCGACGGCUUGGGGUACUUCGACGUCGACGCUUUUGGCUUCCAGAUUGAUGUUCCCUCCUAUUCCACGGAUCUCUCCUUGUCGGAUAGCAUUUUUGCCAAGGAAGAAGAAUUCUCCGACUUCAACGUUGACGAUUUCUUGGUCGGAGAUUAGCAGCAUUUUCUCAUACUAAUAAUAAUAGUAAUUAUACUAUUACUGUUAUUAAAGGAGAAGUAAUUUUUUGGCAAAAGAAAAGAAAAAAAGAAAAAGAGUUUCUUUUUCGUAGAAGUAUUCGUAUCUUGCUCAGUGGAGAAAAUUUUGUUGAUACGUAUGGCCAUGGUGCCAGGUUUGUUGCUAUG